AAUAUGUGUCCAUCAGAAACAUAUUUGCGAUGGUCAUAAAGAAUGUCCAGCUGGUGAAGACGAGGCGGAUUGUCCGAAGGAACGAAAAUGCUCGGAGCCCAGUCAAUGUGAGCAACUCUGCAUUGAGACCAAUGCAGGAUUGAAUGAGUGUGCCUGUCGACUUGGAUAUGUCAUGGACAAAAACAAAGUCAACUGCACGGAUAUAGAUGAAUGCCAGUACCUGACUAGUCCAGUAUGUUCGCAAAAAUGCCACAAUACCAUGGGUUCCUUUAAGUGCUCCUGCGAAACGGGCUACAUUCUUCGUCCAGAUCUUAGAUCCUGUAAAGCACUAGGUGGUGCGAUGACACUAUUGGUGGCCAAUCGAUGGGACAUACGACGGGUGACUCUUAGUAAUAACCGAUAUACGGCGAUUGUUAAGGGACUGCACAAUGCCAUUGCAUUGGACUUUCAUCACCGCAAGGGACUAAUGUUUUGGUCCGAUGUUUCAACCGAUGUCAUCAAAAUGGUCUAUAUGAAUGGCACGCGAGUUCGAGACGUCAUCAAAUGGGGUCUGGAGUCUCCAGGUGGAAUAGCAGUGGACUGGAUUCACGAUCUGCUAUUUUGGACCGAUUCUGGGACGCGCCGCGUGGAGGUGUCCAAUUUCCAAGGCAAUCUGCGCACUGUUAUUGCCUCAUACGACUUGGAUAAGCCCCGUGCUAUAGUAGUGCAUCCUGGAGAGGCGAUGGCAUUCUGGAGUGAUUGGGGACCCAAUCCGAAAAUAGAGCGUGCUUAUAUGGACGGAACACAACGAAAAGUAAUCAUAUCAAAGGGUGUGACAUGGCCAAAUGGUUUGGCAAUAGAUUUCCCCAACAGCAAGAUAUACUGGGCGGAUGCCAAGCAACAUGCCAUCGAAUGCUCCAACUUGGAUGGCAGUGAUCGAAAUAAGAUUCUUAGUACCCACUUGCCACAUCCGUUUGCCCUCACUCUCUUCGAGGACACAAUGUACUGGACAGAUUGGAAUACAAAGACUGUAUCGGCAGCGGAUAAGAUAACAGGAAAGGAAUUCAGAGCUGUCCAUGAGAAUUUCCAUUUUCCCAUGGAUAUCCAUGCCUAUCAUCCUGCCCGCCAACCCGAGUAUGCCGAUCGUUGCCAAAAGGAUCGAAGGGGCUUGCGUGGCGGCUGUUCGCAUCUGUGUUUGCCAAAUAAAACAUCCCGACGAUGUGGAUGCCCCAUUGGACUCUCCCUUAAGGAGGAUGGGAAAACCUGUAAAAGUACAGCUGAUAAACUUGUACUGGUGGCACGACGUAAGGACAUCCGAUUGAGACACUUGAAGAACAAUCAAGCUGAUCCCAAUGAAGUCGAUAUGAUAGUUCCCUUGGAUAAUCUAAAACACGCUGUGGCUUUGGAUUGGUGCAGCGACACGGACUUCAUCUAUUGGACAGAUGUGGAGCGUAGCACUAUUAACAAGGCUCAUCUUAAUGGAAGCUAUCAACAGCGUGUCGUCCACUCAAACUUAGUUUCACCUGUGGGUUUGGCCCUGGAUUGGAUAACCGAUAAGUUAUAUUGGACAGAUCCGUCGACGAAUCGCAUUGAAGUGGCUACAACGAAUGGAAAGAUGCGUACGUUGCUGAUUUGGGAAAAACUAUACAAGCCGAGGGAUAUCGUUGUAAACCCAAUUGAUGGUCUUAUGUUUUGGUCGGAUUGGGGGGACGAUCCUAUGAUUGAGCGUGCCAACAUGGAUGGACAUGAUCGCAUAACUAUAUCAUCGAAAAAACUUAUUUUUCCCAAUGGUCUGGCGAUUGAUUAUGAUAAAAAUAAAAUCUACUUUGUUGACGGAGGCACAAAGACGCUGGAGAACAUGAACUUUGACGGCAGCGGUCGACAAGUGAUUCUAAAUGGACUUGGUCAUCCUUUUGGUUUAGAUGUGAACGAAGGCCGAGUAUUUUGGACAGAUUGGGAUACCAAGUCCGUGAUGAGCGCCAAUAAGCUGACCGGAAAGGAAACCAAUGUAAUUAUCGCCAAUAGUACAGAUCUCAUGGACAUUCGGGUGUUUCAUCGUACCCGAAGGCGCAUCUUCAACGCAUGUGAUAAGCUGAAUGGAGGAUGCUCUCACUUGUGUCUUCUAAAUCCCACUAGUUACACCUGUGCCUGCACUGUGGGAGUUCAGCUAAAGGAUGAUAAGCAUACAUGCUCCGAAGGUCCAACUCAAUACAUUCUGUUCGCUCACAGAACCGAUAUAAGGCAAAUCUCAUUGGAUUUCGAUCACUUGAUCGAUGUGGUUCUUCCCCUGCCGCCAAUCUCAAAUGCAGUUGCUCUCGAUGUCGACCGGAAUACGGGAAACAUCUAUUGGUCGGACACUCUUGAGAAUGUCAUUAUGAGUUCCAGUCCAGAUGGACUACAUGUCCACAAAGUUGUUGGCGAUAGCUUAGAGAAUCCAGAUGGCCUGGUCGUUGAUUCGAUCGGACGAACUAUUUAUUGGGCCGAUGCCGGUCGCCAUACAAUCGAAGUGGCCAGUCUUGAUGGUAGCAAUCGACAUGUUAUCGCUUACAAGGAUCUGGAGUCCCCCCGUGGCUUGGCCCUGGACUACGAAGCUGGUCUCUUGUUUUGGACCGAUUGGGGACAUUAUCGAAAAAUUGAGAGAUCCCAUUUGGAUGGCAAUGAAAGAUCUCGAAUUGUGACUGCUAAUCUUGGCUGGCCAAAUGGUCUGUCGCUGGAUUUGAAGAGCAAGCGUAUCUACUGGGUCGAUGCACGGCUUAAAACUAUCGAUUCCUGUGACUAUACGGGAAAUCAACGCAAAUUAAUCAUGUCCUCCCUGCAUCAUCCAUAUGCUCUAGCCCUAUCUGAGGAUAAUAUUUAUUGGACCGAUUGGAAGUCGAAGGCGUUGCAUAUGACUGAAAGACGAAACAUUACAGCGAAGCGUGAUAUAAUCACUAACAUCGACGGAUUGAUGGACAUCAAAGUCAUUUAUCAGGAUCAGCCAAUGGCUGAGAAUGUCUGUGGGCGUAAUAAUGGUGGCUGUUCGCAUCUAUGUUUACGUAAUCCAUCUGGUUUUUCAUGCCAAUGUCCUAUUGGAUUGCGAUUGCGUCAGAACAGUACAACUCAGUGCCAGAAUCUCCCAGAGGACUAUCUUCUCAUCGCCUUGCGUUCUGGAAUUGGCAUGAUAUCAUUAAAUUCUGGAGAUUUUAUGGACGUCGUUUUGCCUAUAAAUGGAGUACACGGAGCCGUCGUACUUGAUUACCAUUAUCGGAAGAAUCUAUUAUUCUUCGCCGACGUUAAUUUGGAUGUAAUCCGUAGAGUUAAUCUAUUGAAUUUCACCGAAAGCAAGGUGAUUGUCGGUAUGGAUGUGUUAACGCCCAACGGAAUCGCUGUCGACUGGAUUGCGGAUAAUCUGUAUUGGUCCGAUACGGAUCGCAAACUAAUCGAAGUAGCUCGGAUUGAUGGAAGCUGUCGUAAAAGGAUUGUCGAGGAUAACCUGGGUGAUCCGCGGUCACUUAUUGUGCAUCCAAAAAAAGCCUACUUGUUUUGGUCAGAUUGGAGCUCCCCAGCUAAAAUCGAGCGGAGCUACCUAGAUGGCUCCAAUCGAACAGUUUUAAUAACAUCUGGAAUUGGAUUUCCGACAGGCCUUACAAUAGAUUUUACUAAUCGUCGGUUACUUUGGGCCGACGCCUUAGAGGAUAACAUUGGUCAAGUAGAUUUCAAUGGUAAACGUCGUCAGACUAUUGUUCCUUAUGCACCACAUCCAUUUGGUCUGACUAUGUUCGAUAAUAGUAUUUACUGGACGGAUUGGUACAAUAAAUCGGUGUACCGUUCCCAGCGAUUGCCAAGAAGCGGAUAUGGCAAUCCAUUUGAGGUGCGCGAUGCCCUAAGUGGCGCACUGGAUAUCCGCGCCGUUUCCCUAAGUCGUCAACCAAAGAGUUGGAAUCACUGUGCUCAGGAUAAUGGAGGUUGUUCUCACCUCUGCCUAUAUCGCCAUGUUGACUACGUGUGUGCCUGUCCGGAUAUUAUGGAUCCCAAAGAUAUACCAUGCUCGACUAAGCCCAAAGUUUUGGUGCAUCCUAAUUUGGAGAAUGAUCAACUGCUUGAAUAUUCCGAUGAGUCCACCGAUGAUUCUGCACCGCCCGAGCUGAUGGGCGAGUCCAAUAACCAAGGCGAUGAUAGCCAUACGAAGAAGAGUGACCAGGAAAGGGAGUUCUUUGUCCUGGUGGCACUGGGCGUGGUCAUUGUUAUGGUUGUCAUCAUUAUACUUGUUAUUUUUAUGCUAGCUUUUAACACGAGCAAGAAGAAAAACAAACGUAACUCCCGCGGUUCCAGUAGAUCUGUACUAACCUUCUCAAAUCCUAACUAUAACGUUGAUGGUACGCCAAUGGAGCCAAAGACGAAUAUAUGGAAGCGUUUUAAAUACGACAAAUCUCAUGAACGAGCCGGGGUCUAUGAAGAGCGUAGUCUGACCACAGAGACGGCUUCCUCGAGCCUGUUUGUCCCGACACCAUCCCCGAUGGCGUCGCCCUCAACAAAAACAAUCCAACUGACAACGCUCUCGACUAUCACAUAGCUGGCAUAAAUAGUUAAUGGCCCCACAUAAGUAAAUCUUGGAAACCAUUUAUCGAUUCAUGCAAAUGUGAUUCAUUUGAUUGUAAAUGUGGAAAGAAACUGUUUUUAAUUUGCUCUUCGAUCCCAGUAGAAAAUUUCCUUUUUAUUUCAAAGAUUUUUACAAUUUUUUUUGUUUAGUCGUUUUUAUGUAAAGUGCAACGUGUGUCCUGUUAAAGCUCAGAUGGGGGUUUUAAGAUAUAAUACAGAAAUAUAUUAUAUAUGUAAUAUGAUGUAUUAUUCAAUUAUGUAAUUACUAAAUUAUUUUCCUAUUUUUUUUUUAAUAAUAAGUAAUAACUAUUAAGUAAUUCGGGUGCUUCAACUUUGAAACAAAAAACCAAAACAAAUAUCCUACUAUGGGGCGCGUUUUUUGUUUCGCUGAUCACAAAUUAUAAAAAAAAAAACCAUAACUUGGUAUUAUGUUUAUGUCUGAUUGCCAAUGAUAAAAUCAUUUGUAAUUCCAAUCAUAAACACAGAAGUUUUUAAAAGAUUUCCCCAGCAAAAAAAAAAAAAAAAAAAACACAAAAAAAAAUAUGUCAAAAAACUUCCACUUCUGUAAUCUAGCACUUAUUUAAUAUACGUGCUAGUCUGUUGAUCUAAGUCUGUCUAUGCAAAAUUGUACAACGUAAUUAAAUGAAAACGAUGAGGCGCCAACAUAUUUUUCCGAGCCCAAGGAUAAAAAAAAACCAGUUUGGUUAAAUGUUAUUUAAAUGGUUUUGUUCGAAAAAAAAGAAAGUUUUUCAAAAUAUAAAAUUCAGGGCUUCAGCAAAAUAUCUGGUAACUUAAGUUUUCUAUCCGUGUUUGUAAAUAUAUUUUUUGCUUGCAGAUGUAUGAACUAUUAAAUACACAAAGAAGCAUUCUUAUAUUUGCUCAACAAAUUUGGGGCAAAAAUCAGUCGUUGUCGUUUUAUUUUCUUUAAUUUAAUGAUUUCUAUUAAAUAUAUAUAUUUGGCAAAUCAACGCUAAAUCGAAAGGGUAUCAUAGUUUUGCUCAGAAGAUUGUAACUUUUGUAAAGAUUCUUAAAGAGUUAAAGGUUUCGAGUUUUCAAGGAUGAGGCAAAAAUGUAAGGAUAUGUUUUACCAUCGGUGUGUGAUGAUCAUUCUGGAUAUAUGUGGUAAUAUCUACAUUAAAUGUUGUUACGAAUUUACUUAGUGUA